AUGCGUGCUUGCUUCCUCGGCCGCCUGGGAGUCCCUUUUUCUGAGAAAUUCCAAGUUCACUCUCUUCGAACCAGUGCACGGGUCUCUCGUCUGCCAUUGUACAGAGUCUACAGACCAAGCGACCAAGGCGCGAACUUUCCCCGCAAUCUGCCCCGGGCUAUCUCCACACAGUCGCGCCCUCGAUCGUCCGGUUUCAACCAACCGAGGCAAGCGUCUUCGUUCUGGACGAUCACAUUCGCUCUACUUGCUGUGUGUGGCGGACUGGUCGUCAAGGAUAUAUAUUCGAAAUCUUUUACGACUUCUGAGACUACACGACAACCUGCUCAAUCGCUACCACCUCGACGUCAGGACUUUCUUGGAGUUAUUGAUACACUCAAAAUGUCGAGCGAUGAAAUCCCCCCCGGCUGUGUCGGGAACCUCACCCCGGAGCAGGAGAAGAAGCUCCAGGAGCUCUGGGUGAUGGUGUUGAAGGUCUGCGGUGUUAAGGUGCCCGAGGACAUCGACCGAAGAGCUUCAGUCGCCAGUGCUACACCUUCCAGUCCUACCCAAGAUAAGAAGAAGACAAAGCGCAAAUCUUUCUUCUGGGGUCGAGGUAAUGAGGAAGACACCAAUGAAGACACUGCCAGCGUCACCUCCGGCAUCUCCGGUAUCAAGCUUGAUGGAGACGACAAACAUGGUCAAAAUAAGGAGUUCCAGCAGGCCCUUGCUGAGAUAAAGCCCGAGGAACUACGGGUCGCACUUUGGAGCAUGACCAAACAAGACAACCCUGAUGCUCUCCUUCUUCGGUUCCUUCGUGCCAGAAAAUGGGACGUCUCCAAGGCCCUGGUUAUGCUCAUUUCCACGCUGCGAUGGAGAUUGAAGGAGAUGCACGUGGAUGACGAAAUUGUUAGGAAGGGUGAGGGCAAUGCCGCCCUGCAGUCACAGAGCUCUGAUCCGGCGGAAAAGAAGGCAGGAGAGGAGUUCAUGACACAGCUUCGGAUGGGCAAGAGUUUUGCCCAUGGUAUUGACAGGAACGGAAGACCGAUAUGCUAUGUCCGAGUACGCUUGCAUAAAGGAUCUGAGCAGAGCGCUGAAACGAUGGAGCGCUUCACGGUUCUGCUGAUCGAGUCAACAAGAAUGAUGCUAGCGCCUCCUGUCGAAACAGCGGCUAUCGUCUUUGAUAUGACCGAUUUUACCCUGGCGAACAUGGACUACCAUCCCGUUAAGUUCAUCAUUAAGUGUUUUGAGGCCAACUACCCUGAAAGCUUGGGCGCUAUCCUGAUCCACAAGGCUCCUUGGAUUUUCUCAGGAAUUUGGAAGAUCAUUAGAGGCUGGCUGGAUCCCGUCGUCGCCGCGAAGGUCAACUUCACGAACUCCGUCGAGGAUUUGGAACAAUUUAUUCCCCGUGACCGUAUCAUCAAAGAACUCGGUGGAGACGAAGACUGGGAAUACAAAUAUGUCGAGCCGACAGCCGAAGAGAACGCCAGGAUGGAGGAUACAGCCACUCGUGAGAAGUUGCUCGCCAAGAGACAACAGCUCUCCGAUGAGCUGCAGGCUGCCACCCUAUCAUGGGUCACGGCCGCCAAAGCAGGAAAUAAGGACCUAGAAGCCGCCGAACAGGCCAAGAGAGCCGAGCUUAUCAAGCGCCUGAGGGAAGAAUACUGGGAGCUUGACCCCUAUAUCCGAGCACGAACGAUCAUGGACCGCACCGGUUGUCUUUUGGAAGGAGGAAAGAUCCAGUUUUAUCCCGAACGGAAUGCCGCAAGCACGAACGGCGUGUCCACCGACGGAGAGACUACGAUCGCUGAAGAGAAAGUGGCCGCAGUAUCCGCAGACGGAGUUGCGUCACCAAACGGUACCGCCAUUACAGCCUAG